GUGUCAGCAGUAGUCAUCCCAACUGUCGCGAUGUGUUGAUGGUUGAUGAGGAACGAGGACGAGGCCAUGACAGUGAAAGCCGGGCUUUCUGGAUAUGACGGAAGCCCGCCCAAUCCCCCCCCCCAGCCCCCGCUACAAAAGCCUCUCGCAUUCGCUUCCACGCGACCUUCCCUCCCUUUUCUCGUUUGGACCGUGUUGCAAAUUCACGCAUCGCGCCAGCAUUCAUAAUCAAACCAUUGCAUUCAUUGCAAUAAUUGCAGAAAUUGGAUCUCGUCGACGACGGGCAAUACCCACAGCUCUGGACAGUGCUGCCACCUGCGCACCUCGCAGACAAAUAUGUCGCGCCAUCAUCGUCGUUGACAUCAUCUCGGUUGUUGUCGGGUGAGAAGCAAUAUAGUUGCACACAGUCGUCGUCGUUGUCGUCGUGGGACAAUGACUGCUGUCGUCGUCAAGCCGUGGACGUAGUUCUCUUGAGGAGGCUUUGAUCACCAGGUUGGCGAGAGUUCGAUUGUUUGGAUUUUGGGCGGGGGUGGAGGAGCGAUGUAACGAUGACCAAUCAACAGGCGCUCACAUGGAAGGAGACCCUGCAUUCAGGGAGGCCUAAGAUUGAGUCCAGCGAGAUCAACGACCUUCUGUACUCAAAUAUGAAGCGGAGGAAUAAGUCCGAAGAAAGACACGAAGUGGAGAUGAAUGGGUGGAAUGAAUACGUGAAUUCUGAUCUUAGCCCUGCUCCAACUCCCUCAGGUCCACGAGCGAGAGUCAGCCGGCCCAAGGCAGGGAAGCAGGCGAAAAACUGCCCUUUGACCCCAAGACCUUUAGGGGCUGGUUCUCCUACAAGCAGCGCACCAACCCCAACAAGCACUUGUCGCUACGACAGUUCACUGGGUCUCCUGACAAAGAAGUUUAUCGACCUUAUUAAGCAAGCAGACGAUGGUGUCUUGGAUCUGAACAAGGCCGCAGAUACUUUGCAUGUACAAAAGAGAAGAAUAUAUGACAUCACCAAUGUGUUAGAAGGGAUUGGGUUAAUUGAGAAGAAGCUGAAAAACCGGAUUAGAUGGAAGAGUCUUGGAAUGGUACGAGCUGCUGACACCACACAUGGUGCAGGAGGGCUACAGGCUGAGGUGAAGGACCUUUACAGUGAAGAGAAAAAGCUUGAUGAGAGUAUCAGUGAAAUGAGGGAGCAAUUAAGGAGCUUAAGUGAAGAUGAUCACAACAAACAAUGGCUUUAUGUUACUGAAGAUGACAUAAAAAAUCUGCCAUGUUUUCAGAAUGAAACGCUUAUUGCUAUUAAGGCUCCUCUUGGGACCACUUUGGAAGUGCCAGAUCCAGAUGAGGCAGUGGAAUACCCUCACAGGCGUUUUCAGAUUUUGCUUCGCAGCACUAUGGGACCCAUUGAUGUAUACCUUGUCAGCCGCUUUGAAGGAAAGUUUGAGGAGAUGAACUCCUCUGAGAUGUCUAUAGAGGUUGGGCAGUCCGUUCCUCAGGCGGCUGGUGCAUCUUCCCCUGCUGAUGCUAUGAGUCACGAAGAAAUUGUAUCAAUGGUGCCAGAUAUAGGCUACGACUUGACAAAUUUGGAGUCUCCAGGCAGUCAUGAACCAGCAUCCCAGAGCUCUGGCCCCACCAAUUCUCAUCCUGAGUUAGCGGGUGGGAUCAUGAGAACAGCGCCUGCAGAAGUCACUACGGACACAGACUACUGGCUGCUAUCGGACGCUGGUGUUGGCAUCUCAGACAUGUGGAGAACUGAUCAGUCGAAUGGUAUGUGGGAUGACGUAAUGAGACUCAAUUCAGAAUUUGGGAUUGAGAACAUCGGUUCUCCAAGACCUCACACUCCGCCAUCUAGCAAUGUCCUGGAAGUUGUUCCAGUUAGUUGAGCACGGACACCUGUCGAAUCUACAAGGCUGGUUCUGGUCCUAAAUUCAUGUUCUGUGAGGCAUGGUGUUGAUGGGAGAUCCAACUCUCUCCGCAAAGGUUCGAUGAUUAUCUUGCUUGAUAAUACUUCAACAGCGUCCCACAAACAUUUACACUCAGAAGGCCUCAAAUAUUUCGUGAGAAACAGUUGCUGCACUUGUGCUUAAAGUCUUCAAUCCUCGGAAAUGUGCCAAAUUCGGGGCUUGUGCAUGUUGGUUUCAGCUUUUUUAAGCUGAGAAAACAGUUUUCCAGCCGCUCAAUUUAUUGUGGCGUGAUGCUAGAGGUAUUGUUUCGGAUCAUCUUUCCUACCAUCAGAAUGAAGACAUGGUCCUAUUAGAUGGAAAGAUUGGCAUUUGGCAUGUAUUUAUCAUUUGUAUAAACUAAAUGAGUCCAUUCUGUGUAAGGUGCUUUCCUCACAGAGUACAGAGGUCCUGCCCGAAGAAAGUCAUUUCUUCUUGAUUCUUUGAGAAAAUUCCGGCUGCUUUGGCUUUGAACUUGCCAGAUUUAGGGCAGUUGGACGUAAAUUUCCUGAUUUUAUCGUGCGUAGUGGAGGCAUAAUGUGUGAAAAAAUCUUUUAGUGUAAACAAUCUUGUUCAUGCUCUGAUA